UCGAUCUGAGUUUUGCAAACUAACAACUCACGAUGAAGGGAGGAAAUACUAUGAAGAAUCUCGAUAAGAAAUUCGUGUACUGUGCCAUCAUGGGAGAUGGGAUGGUCGGAAAGACCAGCAUCUCCGAGAGCUAUGCUGAGAAGUCCUUCAAGGAGAAUUAUGAAGCCACAGUGUUUGACAACUAUGUCGUUCCCCUGCAAGUAGCCGGAGAGGAGUUUGUUAUCAGCAUGUUCGACAACUCAGCCGAGAAACGUUUUGAGAGUCUAAGAGCAUUCUCCUAUCAGGAAAGUGAAGUCCUGGUCCUCUGUUUCUCCACCUGUGACCGGGAAACGUUGGCCAGCAUCAAUGACGUGUGGAUGCCUGAACUGAAGAGACACUCCAAACACACCAAACAGAAGAGACCGGUCAUCCUCGUGGGCACCAAGAUAGACCUCCGAGUCGGGAAUGAAGACAGCGAAGUCUCCACUGACGAGGGUGUCCAGUUGGCCAAGGACAUUGGUGCUGACUGCUAUGUGGAGUGCUCGGCUCGCGACCACAAGGGCUUAAAGGAGGUCUUUCAGCAUGUCGUCUUCUCCGCUCUCAAGUUCAGGAAAAAGAACACAAACAUUAUCAAGAAGAUAUUCAGACGCAAAAGUGGCUCAUUUUCAAAUUAUUAA